AUGUUCAACUUCUCUGUGCCAUGGGCAAGCCACUGGACGCUCCCUAUGGAUAUUCCUCGCUCGCUCACUGUCCUCGACGCUGUCGACGUUGGUGUCGUCGAUGUUGCAUUGUCGUCGCCAACAUCGUCGCCAACCUCAUCGACGACAACAUCGCCGACCCUCCUCCUUCUCAGCAUCAUCGCCGUCGUCGCCGUCGUCGACGACCCUCCCACUUGCAGCAUCAUCGCCGUCGUCGCCGUCGUCGACGACCCUCCCACUUGCAGGUACAUGCAUCUAUCGAGCGAUCAGGUGCGUUUCCUUUUUGGGAUGGUCGUCCGCGUGCUAGUAUAUAUUGGCUUGGUCGCUUUAUCGUUCCAUCUUUUCUUCGUCCCCCACCUCGCUUAUCUUCCAUCCCCGUCGUUUAUCGUCCCAUCGCUCUCCACCCUCUUCCACCAUCGACCUUAUCUACCUUCAUCUACCUUCGUCUACCUUCACCCACCUUCGUCUACCUUCACCCACCUUCGUCUACCUUCACCCACCUUCGUCUACCUUCACCCACCUUCGUCUACCUUCACCCACCUUCGUCUACCUUCACCCAUCCUCACUGACCUUCGCCUAUCCUCAUCGACCCUGACCUACACUCACCAACCCUCACCUAUCCUCGUCCACACUCACCCUACACUAGCCCUCACCCAUCCCUACCCACACCUACCCUCGCCCUCUUACUCAGUAUGGGCUCAGUACCUCUUCGGAGGGAAGCCAACAGACGCUCGCAAGGAGUUCUGUUCGACACGAAACGCAUUCAUCACGCUGACUUCCUCCUCAGUUGCCCUACAGUACCUCUUCGGAGGGAAGCCAACAGACGCUCACAAGGCGUGUCAGGUUGUGUUUUCGUUAAAGGGGGCUCAGUACCUCCUCGGAGGGAAGCUAACAGACGCUCGGAAGAGCAGUGGCGUUCGACACGAAACUCAAGAUUUCCACGAGGAAUAUAUAUUGAUCGUUUUUCUGCAGCUGUGUGACUGUGUGAAUGUGAAAGAACGGCGUCGACCUGCCUUCAACAGCAGCGCCCUCUACACAACCUCGACACCGCGCUCCAACGAGCUUGAAGACCGGUCCCCUGGGAUAGCGUCGACCUUGUCGUGGUCCAGGGGCUCAGUACCUCGGAGUCCGAUCCUCCGAGGGAAGCCAACAGACGCUACUAACAGUUUUAUUUUUCUACAGGUUUCUGGGCUGAGGCUGGGCUGGCUAGGGCUAGGCGACAUCGACCUCGACCUUACGACCGAGCUCAAGCACGACAUCGACAUCGCUCACGACCGGGCUCAAGCACGACUUCGACCGAGCUCACGACCGAGCUCAAGCACGAUAUCGACAUCGCUCACGACCGAGAUCAAGCACGACAUCGACACCGAGCUCCAACGAGCUUCAAGACCGGUCCCCUGGGAUAGCGUCGACCUUGUCGUGGUCCAGGGGCUCUACACGACACCGACAUCGCUCACGACCGAGCUCAAGCACGACCUCAACCUCGACCUCACGAACGAGCUCAAGCACGAUAUCGACACCGAGCUCCAACGAGCUUCAAGACCGGUCCCCUGGUAUAGCGUCGACCUUGCCGUGGUCCAGGGGCUCAGUACCUCAGAGUCCGAUCCUCUGAGGGAAGCCAACAGACGCUUACUGACAGUUUUAUUUCAGGUCCGGCGUUGUGGUAAGCUCAAGACGGCCGACGCUCCGAUCGCAACAAUCGAGCACGGCGGCGAGUUUGGCCGACGACUUCCAUCCAGCACGACGUCAACACCUAGCGGCGGGGUUUGGGGCAUCUUGGGCUGUGUCUCUAGGUCUGUUGUUUCUUUGGGUCUGCUAUCUUUCUUCGCUACUGUGCUGGGAUUGGUCUUGCUAGAGCUAGGCGACAUCGACAUCGACCUACGACCGAGCUCAAGCACGACAGCGACAUCGCUCACGACCGAGCUCAAGCACGACAUCGACGUCGACCUCACGAGCGAGAUCAAGCACGACAGCGACACCGAGCUCCAAAGAGCUUCAAGAACGGUCCCCUGGGAUAGCGUCGACCUUGUCGUGGUCCGGGGGCUCAGUACCUCUUCGGAGGGAAGCCAACAGACGCUCGGAAGGCGUGUCGGGCUGUGCAACGUUCUCGCCAGCCUCAACAUCAUCUCAAGAUACGAUUCACCUCAACAGCCUCAAGAUCCCCUUGGCAGAGCGUUGACCUUGUCGCGGUCAGGGGGCUUAGUACCUCCUCGGAGGGAAGCUAACAGACGCUCGCAAGGAUCCGGGUGUGGUUCUGUUUUCUUUAAAGGAGUGGUGUUCGAUACGAAACUCAUAGAUGCCCGCGAGGGGCAUGUAUUGAUCUACAGAUUCACGCCCAACGCGAAACUACCAGAUGUCACGAGCAACGAAUACAAACAUGUCUGUGUCUGUGUGUGUAGUCGUGAAUGUGGUAAGCUCAAGACGAUCGACGCCCUGAUCACCAAUACUCCGGCACGACCACGGGUCUGGUCGACGACUCUAAUCAAGCACGACGUCAACACCGGACGGCGGGAUCUGGGGAAUUUUGAGCUGGGUCUCUGGGCUGCCGGGUCUCGUGGGAUCUCUAGGCUUCUGGGCUGGGGCUGGGCUGGCUUGAGAUGGGCGACAUCGACAUCGACCUCACGACCUCGCUCAAGCACGACCCCACGAACGGGAUCAAGCACGACACCAACAUCGCUCACGACCGAGCUCAAGCACGACAUCGACAUCGACCUCACGAGCGAGAUCAAGCACGACAGCGACACCGAGCUCCAACGAGCUUCAAGAUCGGUCCCCUGGUAG